AUGGACCUUUCCAAAAUUCCCAUGUCGCAACCCCCGCCGGGGCAAGUGACCAAUUUCGUGGACCCUGUGUCCAUCUCUUGGGCCGGGCGGCUGGCGAUUUGGCUGACCCUGCCAAUCAUGGCUAUCGCCUUUGUGCUCCGGGCUUAUGUCCGUCUAAAGACAAAGCAAGUCGGAAUAGACGACUAUCUUCUGGUUCUUGGCGCCGUCGGCGCUGCUUCAUUCUGUGGAACUCUCAUUCCGGUUUUCCUCAAGGAUGUCUGGGGUCGUCAUGCAUGGGAUAUCCCCGUUUCCUCAAUCGUCCCGUGGUUUUUCAAGUACUCGGUAACGGCGGGGUGUCUGUACAACAUCAGCGCCAUGUUCACCAAGGUUUCAAUCCUCGCAUUCUACCUGCGCAUCUUCUCGCCCUCGCGCCGCGCCCGAGCCCUCAUCUGGAGCGGAGUUGCCCUUAUUACUUUGGGGUACAUGACGCUGACCAUUGCCAUGCUGGCCUGGAUGGUCCCACGUCGGGGUGAUGGGGGCUGGGGGUCGACAGCCAAUACCUCACGGAUGAACAUUGCCUCUCGACAGCUUGACUUCACGCAGGGCAUCUUUAGUGUGGUGUCUGACUUCUAUGUCAUGACCAUCCCCACGGGCAUCAUCUUCCGCCUGAACAUGAAAAAGCAGAGGAGGCUGGGUGUAGCAUGUAUCUUCCUGAUUGGUUUCAUAUCGCUUGGCUGCUCGAUAGCCGGUACAGUCCUCCGCUAUCACGCCAUGGUUUUCACUGUGGAAGACAACCGGUGGCUCUCCGUCAAAUUCGAAGCACUGUGUGUGGUCGAGCUCAACAUCGGCAUUCUCUGCGCCUGUGUCCCAGUACUUUUCGUCGUGUUGCGCACCUGGAUGCAGCGAACCGAGUCUGGGUUUGUGUACCUCAAAAAACGGCUGACGACGUCUCGGGCGAGCAAGUCGACGGUGGCCCUGAGCGAGCCGCCGCAGAAACCCAGCGUCUCCCUCGACAUUCCGACCGGCACCUUGUCAGGGCUGAAGUCGAUCUUCCGCAAUACGAAGCCGACGGACCCGGAAGAAGUCAAAUCGGGAAUCCAGGUCUCGCGUUAUUAUGAGCUCCAGUCAAUUGAUGUCGACUAUCAUGCGCAGAUCAGGGGCGAUUCGGCUAGCGGGAGGAACCCGUCAUUCACGGGCGUUAAGGGAGAGGCUCGAGCGGGUGUUUAG